AUGAGCGGCUUCGAGAUAGUUGGAGUCGUCCUGGCUGUCUUCCCGAUCAUCACCCAGGCCGUCAAGUUCUAUGCCGAGGAAAAGAGUGUAGUGAGUGACCUCUUUCAUUACCAGCAUGUCUUGAAGCGAAUCGGUCGAGGUCUUGCCCGCGAGAAGGCCAGCUUCACCAACUCUUGCAAGCGGUUCGUGGAGGAUGUCGCCUGCCAAUGCGGAGUAGGGGAGGAAGAGAUAGCCGAGAUGAUGCAGGAUCCCACAGACGCCCGAUGGCGGGAAGGAGAUCUUGUCCAGGAACAUAUCUUCCGCCAAAAGUCUGUGCAGCAAUAUCUGGACACAGUGGAGGAUAUGAACGAGGAGUUGGCAAAGAUCAAGGGAUUGCUGACGAAAUAUGGUGACAACGAUCGACCCGAACCGCUCGAAACGCAAACUGGUCGGCGGCGAUGGAAGAAGAUUAUUCUCGUGCUAAAGAAGGAUAGCAUCACCCAGCACCUUGAUGAAGCCGGCCGCUUGAAUAUCUUCCUGGCGCGGCUCACGGAACAAAAUCAGCCUACCAUCACUACUCGCCGCGUCUCGCGUAAAAGUACCAAACACUACACGCGGAUCCGUUCUCAUGCGAUUGACCUAUUCGAAACCCUGCAGGACAAAUUUCCAACAUCACCUGGCUGUACUUGCACGCUGCGGCACGAGGUGAACAUAAAGCUAGAGUUCCGCAGCGCAAAAAUUACUGCAAAGAGCCUCUAUUUCCACGCUAUAUUCACUUCAGAAGUUGCGUUUUGCUCGCAGUGGAACUGGCGGGAAAUUGAGAUGGAGCCUUGGAUAACUAAGGAAACUGACUCCUGUCAAGACAGUGAGCAUCAUGCCCGAGUGAAAUUCGCCAUCGAACCAACCUCUCCCCCGGCAUUCUAUUAUGAGGACAUUCCGGACCUAUGCACAACAAUUAUAGGUCCAAUAUCAUCAUGGGAGUGGCUGGGGCUUCUUACAAGUAAGAGAGGGCGGAAGCAUCGUUUAAGGGCCAUAGAUCACCAGCAAAGACUACCGAGCUUUCAAAGCGUUGAGAACGUGUCUCUGGCCCAAGUUCUGCGUGAUAAAUCUUUUCGUCAGGAGAAAAGAUCUCGACUGGGCCUGAAGUUAGCUUCGUCGGUAAUGCAGCUGCAUACCACGCAGUGGCUGACGGAUCGCUGGAACAAAUUCGACAUUUCGUUCCUGCGUUCAUCGGACGGGACGGUCGAUUUCGACAGCCCGUUAAUCCGACGCAGCUUUGGCACUCGGAAUAUUGAUUUGUUAUCUAUGUCAGAGGCUCUUCCAAAAGCCCACUUGGGCACAUCAAUUCCAUGCCUAUUUUCACUUGGAGUCGUCCUCUUGGAACUGUGGUACCGGGAGGUGUUUGAGGACUUGAAAAAUGAAGUUGAAAGAAACCUGCCAUUAGAAUUCUCCGACCCGUUGACAGCGUGA